ACCGAGCCCGGCCGGGUGAGCACUACGAGGAGCCCCCAGCGGCGCGGCGGAGCAGCUCCAUUUCCCCAGCCCCGCAGAGCGGAGCAGCAACGCGAGAAGGUGAGCGGGAGGCGGAGUGCGGCCACGCUAUGGCACAGGCUCAAGGUUUUGGGAGAAGAUACCUUAAAGCCUUUUGUAAAGGUUUCUUUGUUGCUGUUCCUGUAACCGUGACCUUCCUAGACAGGGUUGCCUGUGUAGCAAGAGUGGAAGGAGCAUCAAUGCAGCCUUCCUUGAAUCCUGGGGGAAGACAAACAUCUGAUGUAGUGCUCUUAAACCAUUGGAGCAUUCGAAAUUAUGAUGUGCAACGUGGGGACAUUGUGUCAUUGGUGUCUCCUAGAAACCCUGAACAGAAGAUCAUUAAACGAGUGAUUGCUCUUGAAGGAGACAUUAUCAAAACCAUAGGAUACAAAAAGAAGUAUGUAAAAGUUCCACAUGGGCAUAUUUGGGUGGAAGGUGAUCACCACGGGCACAGCUUUGACAGCAAUGCAUUUGGCCCGGUUUCUCUUGGACUUCUACAUGCUCGUGCUACUCAUAUCCUCUGGCCUCCAAAACGCUGGCAGAAGUUACAACCAAUGUUACCUCCAGAGCGCAAACCCCUCCAGAGAGAGCAAGAGUGACCUAAACAUUUAGAUAGAAGAUCAAGGAGUGAAGUUAUGCCAGCAUGAGAUGCCAUGGUUUUAUCAUCAACUGUAAAAGCUUUGCCAAGGGUGCUUUCGUACCAAUGUACCAUAUCAGCAAAUAAAUGCAAUAUCUUCAUUUUAAAAUGUCACCUUCAGUGAACUGUUUAUUUCUUUGCUUUUUAAUCUCAAACAGUUGGGCACUGUGCAUAUUUGGAUUGAAAUAGUUACACAUUUGUUAUAGAUUUGAGUGUUCAAUCUACAAUGUUUGUGUUACUAUGUCAGUACCUGUGUGUCUUUUGAUAAGUAAAUAUUAAAUACUUCAAUAAAAUAUUUUAAUCUUU